UCAGUGCAGUUCUAGUUCGCGUCAGCAGUCAGCGUCGUUCAGCCUAAAAAAAAUCGAAAACCUCAAUUUGUUGAAAAACUAAAAUCUCAAUUGUUAAUUAGUUUUCAGUUUUAUGUAGUAUUCUUCUUAGUUACCCAUUUUAUAUUAGAUUUGGUUUAAUUUCUUACCUUAGAUUUUUAGCAUAACCUUUAGGAAAUACAGAGUUACUGCCUGCAAUUGUGUUAAUGGUUUAUAGGCCCAUAAUAUUGUUUGUUUUCUUUGGUAUUGGUAGUUUUAAGAAGUUUAAACUAUGGGGGUUUUAUGACCUCAGCUUAAAGUAGUUAACAACAUACCCUGUAAAAGAAUAUCAUUAUGCAGUCACCUAGGACGAAAAGAUGCAGGCUUUGCCUAGAAAAUUGCACCCAAUAUAUUGAAAUAUUUAAAGAUGACUUUCCGAAGAUGAUUUACCUGUUGACUAGAAUUAAGGUCUCUCAUAGGGAUGAUUUUCCAAAAGUCUCUUGUAUGCCAUGUGCAUUGGAGGUUAAAAAUGCAGUUUAUGCAAGGAAGAAAAUUAUCUUGUCACAUAAAAAAUUGGUAGCAGAAGCAGAAACAAACUCUCACAAUAUUGAUGAUACAGAUCACACUAGUGACUUUAAUGCCCCAGUAGAACCAAAUGAUAACCAUAGUGUUUUUGAUCCAUUAAACACUGAGAUAUCACUUAAAUUAAUUCCUAAGACUGCUAGGGUUGUAAUAGUAGAAGACGAAAAUGUUGAGACCAUGCAACCUGUUACAGAAGUAUUUCUGCCAGAAAUUCCUAUUGAUAAUAAUGCUGACAAUGCAACUACUACAUUGGAGAUUGCAGGUGAUUUAAAAGAAGAACAACCAGAAAUUAUUGAUAUUACAGAAAUCAGUAACCUAUUAAAUCUGAAUAACAAGGCAGAUUUUGAAGAAAAAGUCAAGAAUGAAAACGCCGAAGACAUUGAAAAGUCAAAUGAUAAAGGGUUAAAAAUAAAGUUUAUAAAUAAAAAGCAAUUGAUGACAGAAUUAGUAAAAAGUGGGAAAUCUUGUAAAUAUUGUGGAAAAACUUUCCAUAGGAGUAGUCUAAGGAGACAUGAACUAAGGCAUGAACAACUAGGAAAUCAGGCUGCUACUUUGCAAAGUAGUAGUAAUAAAAGGAUUACGCGGUCUUCAAAUGGUCAACGGCCGCAAAAUACCGAACUACGAAAGCCUAAACCAGAGCAGAAUUUGAAAACUUGUCAUUUAUGUGGAAAAACGUAUCAUAAAAGUAGCUUGUCCAGGCAUAUUAGAGAUACCCAUCAUACAAGUGCUGCAGAUGCCAAAUCAUUUGUGCUUGAUGAAGCUGUGGAUGCUUUGCUCGGACAGCAGCGUAAAAAGUCUUCAAGAAUUUACAAGCAAGAAGAAAGCAGCAAGAAUGGAUUCGACUUUGAUCAAUAUUUAUCCAAAUAUAACGCCCACAAAAAACUACAGGAAACUUUGAAGAUUGACAUAGAUCAAGCUAAAGGAAUAGAAGAAUUCAUCAAAAAUCAUAAUGCUCCAAAAGAUGCUGAACAUGAAACCAAUUUUUUGGACUAUGUCGACAAAAACACAAACGAGGUGCAUAAGGCAGUAGAACCAGCCUCUUCCGACUACCCAGGCGAUCCAAAAACUAAAUCUUGUAAAAUUUGUAACAUAACUUUUGCUCAUAGAAACCAAUAUCAAAACCACAUUUCGAAGCAUAAAGUAAAAAUGUGCGACGUUUGUAAUAAAGAGGUCAGAACUUGCUACAUGAAAAGGCACAUGAUGGCGCAUGAAACAGAACCCACCGCAUGCGAGGAAUGUAAUAUCACGUACAAAAAUAAGUUAAGUUUUCACAUGCAUAACGUGUUGUACCAUGAAAAUAGGUACUCCUGUGUAUGCGAGGAUUGCGGAUUGUCUUUUAAAACUAGGUCCAAAUUAAUGAUUCAUAAGAGAAAAGUCCAUAUAAAAGAAAAGAAUGUAAAGUGUGAAACAUGCGGAAAACUCUUCUUUUCAAGAGUUCACCUCAAGAACCAUAUUAAAAUGAAACACCUAAAAAUAAGAUCGCAUAUGUGUCAGUUUUGCGGCAAAGGUUAUUCCUCGAAGUUCGCCCUAACCACACAUCUGCGACAGCACACCAAUGAAGCACCACAUAAAUGCACCUUUUGCGGUGACAGUUUUAGACAAAAAGUAUCUUUAAGAAACCAUUUAAAGAGCAAACACAAAAUCAAGGAAGAAGAAAACUGUUUUUGUGAUAAGUGUGGAAAAGGAUUCACCACCCUCGGGGCCGUUGAAGUACACUCGCGGGUUCAUGAGGGAAUUAAGUGUCCCCAUUGUACGGAUACUUUCGCAGAUUUUUCAUAUUUACAGCAACACGUCGCGUCGCAACAUCCGGAAGAAUCAAAAAUAGAUGUAGGAGAUGAAUAUGAUGAAUCAGAAGAGGAGUACUAAGUACUAAGAAUUCUUUAUAUGCUUGUAUUAUUUGUAAUUCAGUUAUUAUUAAAGAGUUGUCUGUGA